AUGGAGCCUUCACACAAGGACGCCGAGACUGCGGCGGCGGCGGCGGCCGUGGCGGCAGCUGAUCCCCGGGGGGCGUCCUCGUCCAGCGGGGUGGUGGUGCAGGUCCGCGAGAAGAAGGGGCCCCUGCGCGCCGCCAUCCCCUACAUGCCUUUCCCGGUGGCCGUCAUCUGCCUCUUCCUCAACACUUUCGUGCCGGGACUGGGGACGUUCGUCUCGGCCUUCACUGUGCUGUGCGGCGCCCGCACUGACCUCCCGGACAGACACGUGUGCUGCGUCUUCUGGCUGAACAUCGCGGCGGCCCUCAUCCAGAUCCUGACGGCCAUUGUGAUGGUGGGCUGGAUCAUGAGCAUCUUCUGGGGCAUGGACAUGGUCAUCCUCGCCAUCAGCCAGGGCUACAAGGAGCAGGGCAACCCCCAGCAGCUGUGA